CCCCCCACCCCACACCAGCUGCUAAAGGGUUCCUUCAGAUCCACAUACUCACACACACUCACAUUGCAUAAAGCUCAAUACGGUUGUUGAAUAAAUAAAUAAAUAGAGAGAGAGAGAGAGGGGAUUUGUUUUGUGUAAAUUAUUUUGGGGGUUUUCAUAUAAAGGGGGUGUGCGUUUAUGGUUUGCGUUGUUCUAUGAUUGCUGGUGUGGAGGAGGAAGAAGCAGUGCGUUUUAUGAAGGAUCGGUUUGUCUUUGUAUAUAACAAUAAUUCGAAGCGUACGAGGUGGGACUGCUCCUUCACCAUCCGAAGCCGCGGUCGGUGGGGGAAAUGUGGCUGAUUAAUAAAACAUUUCUUCAGAAAAGAUAAUUGAAAUUAUUCAUUCCAUUCUUCUUGAAUUAGGAGCUGCUGCUGCUGCUCAGUUUUUUUUUUGGUGCGGGGUUUAAGUUUCCUUGACAAUGCAGCCAGAUCAUCGAAAGAAAAGUUCUGCAGAGAUGGAAUUCUUUUCUGAAUAUGGUGAUGCAAGCAGGUAUAAGAUCCAAGAAGUCGUAGGCAAAGGGAGCUAUGGUGUUGUUUGCUCAGCAAUCGACACUCACACAGGUGAAAAAGUGGCAAUUAAAAAAAUACACGAUAUCUUUGAACACAUUUCAGAUGCUGCUCGAAUUCUCCGAGAAAUAAAGCUUCUAAGGCUUCUACGACACCCGGAUAUUGUCGAAAUUAAACACAUUAUGCUUCCACCUUCAAGGAGAGAAUUUAAAGAUAUUUAUGUUGUUUUUGAGCUAAUGGAAUCGGAUCUACAUCAAGUUAUUAAGGCUAAUGAUGACUUGACGCGCGAACAUUAUCAGUUUUUCCUUUACCAAUUGCUCCGCGCCCUUAAAUAUAUUCACACAGCUAGUGUAUAUCAUCGAGAUUUAAAACCAAAGAAUAUUCUGGCAAAUGCAAACUGUAAACUGAAAAUAUGUGAUUUUGGAUUGGCUAGAGUAGCACUCAGUGACACACCUACAACAAUAUUUUGGACGGACUACGUUGCCACAAGAUGGUAUAGGGCUCCAGAAUUAUGUGGCUCUUUUUUCUCAAAGUAUACACCAGCAAUUGACAUAUGGAGUAUUGGCUGCAUUUUCGCUGAGGUUUUGACGGGGAAGCCUCUUUUUCCUGGAAAGAAUGUCGUUCACCAGCUUGAUUUGAUAACUGAUCUUCUCGGAACACCUUCAAUGGAUACCAUUUCUCGCGUGCGGAAUGAAAAGGCUAGAAGAUAUCUUACAAGCAUGAGAAAGAAGCAGCCAAUACCUUUUGCUCAGAAAUUUCCAAAUGCUGAUCCACCGGCUCUUCGUUUAUUGGAGAAACUACUUGCUUUUGAUCCAAAAGACCGUCCAACUGCACAGGAGGCACUGGGUGAUCCAUACUUUAAGGGAUUGGCGAAAGUUGAGAGAGAACCAUCAAGCCAACCGAUUUCAAAGAUGGAAUUUGAAUUUGAGAGGCGAAGAGUGACGAAAGAGGAUAUCCGAGAGUUGAUAUUCCGUGAGAUAUUAGAGUACCACCCUCAGCUGCGGAAUGAUUACAUUAACGGAAUUGAGAGAACUAAUUUUCUCUAUCCUAGUGCUGUUGAUCAGUUUAAAAAUCAGUUUGCUCAUUUGGAAGAAAAUGGUGGUAAAAGUGGACCUGUUAUUCCACUUGAAAGAAAGCAUGUUUCUCUUCCUAGGUCUACAGUUGUACAUUCCAACACAGUACCUCCAAAGGAGCAGACAACUAUCGCAAAAGCUCACAAUAGUUCAUCAAGAACCUUGCAACCACCACAAAGAUUCUCACAAGCUAAACCAGGCAAAGUUGUUGGUCCAGUUUUGCCUUACGAGAAUGGAAACCCCAUAAAAGAUUCGUAUGAUCCUAGAACGGUGGUCAAAAGUACGGUCCUGUCCUCUCAUAUAAUUCCCUCGUCUAAUUGGUAUAAUAGAAAUGGGCAAGGGAAGACAGAAAGAUCUGUUGAUAUAGCCAUAGAGAUAGAUAGCAACCCGUUUUUUAUGACCCGGGCUGGAGGAACAAAGUUGGACCAUGUUGAAAAUAGAGUCGUAAUUGACACAAAUCUGCUGCUUCAAGGCAAAGCUCAGUACGGUGGUGCCUCCAACAGGAAAGUAGCCCCCGUUCAGUAUGGAAUGGCUAGGAUGUAUUAAUGGGGAUGGGUGUAUAUUACCACGUGAGCAAAAAUAAGUACUUAUAUCUUCUUUCCGUGGGGUUGGUGCAUACUGCGUAGUUAAGGUGAUUAAAUUUCUCGGAGAAAUGAUAAAUAUGGUGAUAGUUAAAGUUUUCCAGUUUCAAAUUGUGCUGUUGGGAACCUUUUGGUAGUGCUGUAGAUGAUAGUAAUAUCAUUGUACAUUUUAAACAAAAUUACAUACGUAUACAUGUGGAUGUGUGUAUAAUGCAUAUUGAAUAUAUAAACGUGUACGAUUGGUUAUUAUUAUCUGUAAGUUGUCUUACACGAGACAUUUUUUUAUAGCUUAAAUGAAAGAUGUUUCUUGG